CGGUUGUCUCCGCCCACCUCGCUGGAGGACUCCGGAGCUCCGUGACGAGCAGACCCCCGACCAGCUGCUGCGAUCGGCGGCUAUCGAUGGGCGACGGACCGCGCCUGUGCUGGAGCUGCCGGGGGUGGACGCACUAAAUAAACCCCCAAUGAAAGGUGUGGGGAGCUUCAGUGUCAUGGGAAGCAGAAGUUAUUACACACCCUGCAGAGCUGACACAGGAGCCUUGGCUGGACCACUGAGUUGAAAAUGACACAUAGAAAUGGAGUCAGGGGGACGCAUGAAUGCUGCCUCCACAGAGAGGCUGACGGAGUCAUCGAGCGGGCCAACGGGAUGGAGCAGGAGAAGCUUCAGGAGACCAAUGACUGUGAAUCAGAAGAGGGAGGAACAGGAAGUGAGCCCACAGACUCCAUUGCUGUUCCUGGACCAGUCACGGCUCCUGAUGGGGGUUGGGGCUGGGUGGUCCUGUUUGCUACUAUCCUGGUUCUGGCAUUAACCCUCGCAUUCCCAUCCUGCGUAGGAAUCUUUUACACUGAUCUGCAGAAUGACUUUCAUGCAUCUAACAGUGAGACCUCAUGGGUGCCGUCCAUCAUGACGUCAGUGCUUCAUGCUGGAGGUCCUUUCUGUAGCGUGCUGGUGGAGAGACUUGGUUGCCGAGCGACAGUCAUGUUGGGAGGCGUCCUGAGUGGAGUGGGAAUGGCUGCAAGUUCAUUUACUCAGUCCAUCAUUGAGCUGUACAUCACAGCUGGGGUUAUUACAGGUCUGGGUUUCUGCUUCAGCUUCCAACCUGCUGUGACAAUCCUUGGCCACUAUUUUGUGCGUCGACGUGCAUUUGCCAACGCCAUGUCAUCCACAGGAACAGCUCUGGGCCUGUGUAUCCUCCCUUUUCUGGGCAACUACCUCCACACAGAGUUCGGAUGGAGGGGAAGCUUCCUAAUUUUGGGGGCUGUUCUGCUCAACUGCUGUGUUUGUGGAGCAGUAAUGAGACCCCUGGAGCCUCCCAGGCAUCGAGGACAGCCCCUAAUGAACCAUGGACCUCCUCCGCCAGAAGAGGAAAACAGCCAGAAGACACAGGGCACGAUGAGGAUGAUAUGGACAUACGUGGCAACUUCUCUGACCAAACAUAUGGCUUUUGAUCAGUUUUGCAACAACUCACGUUACUGCGUGUAUGCAAUAGGCAUCACCUGGAUGAUGCUUGGCUUUGUAGUGCCCCUGGUGUAUUUGGUGCCCUAUGCUACAGCUUACCAGAUGGAGCAGGGCCGAGCUGCGCUGCUCCUCUCCAUCCUGGGGAUCGUUAACAUAGUGGUCCGGCCACCCAUAGGCCUUGUCUUCAACAUGCCCUGGUUCAAAGGGCGACACAUUUAUGUAUUCGCUUCAGCGCUGCUAGUCAAUGGGCUCAGUAACAGUAUUUGCUGCAUUGGGCCAAGUUUCUCUGUAUUGUUGGCUUAUGUGGUGAUCUACGGCCUGUCCAUGAGUGUGGUGGGGUCUCUGAUGUUCACUGUCCUCAUGGACAUAGUGGAGAUGCGUCGCUUUCCCUCAGCCCUGGGCCUCCUCGCUGUCAUGGAGAGCAUUACACUGCUCAUCGGGCCUCCACUGGCAGGAGUUUUGGUCGACCGCACAGGCCAGUACUUCCACGUUUUCUUCGCCUGCAGUGCCGUUGUUGCCUCGUCUGCCGUGUUCCUCAUGGUGUCAUUUUUCUGGCUGGAUAAAAGAGACAGAAAGGCCUCGGUGCAGGGACAGACAUCCACACUGCCCGACCCAGCAAGAUCCACUGUGGACGAGGUUCCUGACUGUCAGUAUAGCAGCGUGCCCACAGAGGGAGACAAGCACAAGGCCUCUGAGAACGGGGCGGAAUACAUCACCAGCGUCUGAACCUCCCGUUUCACUGUGCAUCGGUCUUAAAAUGCUUCCCACUCUAGGUCAAACAGUUCUGCAAAUAAUUCCUGAUAUUUGCAGAAACUCACAUGGUGCACCAUCACAAAGUUUACCUUUCUAUGGGUCAUGGCACACCCAGUUAUUUAAGCCCUUAUGUUUCAAACACUGGCCAUCUGGUACACCAUAAAAGAUAAAACAAAUACUACGAAUAAGCUGCACUGUUUGACCAAGGCUGGACACAUUAUCCUACAUACCAAAAUGAACAGAGGUGCACUUAAAGCCACAAUGUGAUUGUACUGUUUAAUGUAAUAUGCUGCUGACCUUAUCUAUGUGAUCGCUCACAAUAUCACAUUAUAUCAAGCCAAGUAACACACAUGAUCAUUUAGUGUAAACAAAUUACUUUUUAUGACCUGGCUUUAACUUUUUAGCCUGAUAAUCAAUCUGAGUUGCCACUGAUUUAUUAAAUCACCGAUGGGUGUGUUUUCCUUCAGGUGGAUAAAGCUGAGUCUGUUGCAUUUCAAACACUGUCACAUUUAAGAAAAGUGAAAUGUAUUCUGUGUAAACAGUCAAUAGUCAUGUUUUUUUUUUUGUCUUGGAUGGUUUUCAUUGCUCAAAUGAAUAGUGCCUUUUUAUAUAAUUACUGUUUUUAUAUAGUAUAUUCUAUAGCCAUGGUUUAUUAAUAAUUUCAGCCCUUUCAGGAAGACAAGUAAUAAGCUGGUUAUUUCUUGUGUGGUUUCUACAAAGAAUAUAUCAGAGCUUUUAGGACUGAGUUUACCUUGUUAUCAGAGCUUUUAUGUGACGUGUUAUUUUGCUGAUAAAUCGAUAUGUCACACAAGAAAACAGUGUUGUACCUCCAAUGUAAACGUCCAGAGGAAGGUAUGACUGAAAAAAAAAAAAAAUCAGGUAUGAGCUGUUUUUUGAGCAGUAUAGCAAAGAACAAGAUGGUGUUUUUACCAGUAUGACUUUAUUAUUCCACUGGAUAAUCGGAGGCGACUCUGAAACUACAGGAUUUCUUAGUAUAUUUUGAUGCUUGUCUUGCAUUGGGCCAAAUUACACAUUUAUUAUAAAUUAAUUAUUUAUAUGUAUAUUAUAAUCAGGGGAAAAAUAAAUGUCUAAAUA